AGACCAACUAAGAGACCUUGUUCCUUCGAAUUUUAAUCCAAUUUGUAGUUUGCUAUAAAGCGCCAAAGAUUAUGCGCAGAAAAAGUGGAUUCAUAGGUAAUCAACUAUGGUGCAUCCAGUGGGUAUAUUCGCGAGAUCUUCAAGGGGCCUUCAGAGGUCACCGAAGGUUCUCGGAGAGAUCUCCAGAAAACCUUUCAGGAUUUAUUGAAAUAUGAAACUCCAACAAAAUACUUGCAGAAAUAGCCCGCUACAGCCUGUCCAAUGGGAAUAUUAUCAAAACCCUCUGAUGGUCUUCAAAGGGUAUCGAUGACAGUCAUCGACAACGUCACUGACAACUGCCAGGUGAUCGAUUUUCUUCACAUGAAAAUAUAAAUAAGCUGAUUGUGGCCGUAUCUAUCGAAAAGAUAAAAAUUCUCAGAUAUAAGCGGUAUUUGUGCGAUAAGAAGCCUAUAUACGAGAAAAAAAAACACAACUGGCAGAUGUAUCUAAACGAUAGUCGAUUACUUAUAAUUUAUGCUGUUUAUGAACAAUAUUCUAAUAUUGUUCUAUAUUAAGUGAAGUAAAUUCUAACAUUAAGUGAAAACAGCCUAAACACCUCAAUUUUGAUAAAACUCCGUUUUCGCUGCGUUUUUGAAUUCUAUUCGCAAAAUAAACAUUGCCAUCCGAUCCAGCGUAGUCGAUCACGUAUGUUCCAUCCGAUUUCAAGGCUACCUGGAAGAAUGGAUAUGAAAACGUCGAAAGAAAAAAUGUCGAAGGAAAAAAUGUCGAAAAAGAAAUAUCGAAAAAUAAAUGCCGAAGGAAAAAAUAUCGAAGGAAAAUAUGUCGAAAAAAAAAUGUCGAUCAUAUAGAACGUCGAAAAUUCUAAGAUGUAAGAAAAUGUAUGUACAAUUUCUUACAUUUUACAUUCUUUCUGAGCUGACCAGAAGAGACGAGUGUUUUUCAUUGUGCAAGAUACAGGAAAAGGAAAAUAGAGACAUCUUUUUUUCACGUUCUCUUUUUCGCAGCAUUGUUUCAUGGCUUUCUAUAUAUUUCGUUGCUUCUAGAUAUUGCAAUACACAUUUUUGCAGUUUCAUCACUUAAUUCUUCGACUGUAUGAUGUCCACUAAUACAAGUGCUAUAUCUUUUCUUGAUUCCAAUAAAGGUUAUCGACAAUUGAUUCGGGAUGGUUUUAUUUACAAAUUCAAUAAAUAAACGUCUUCGAAAAUAUAUUGGAUCUGUAAAAUCAAGAAUUGUAAAGCCAAGGUUCACACUGAUUCAAAUGAUAAUUUUUUGAACUCGAGUGGUGAACAUAAUCAUCUGCUUGAACCAGAAGAUUUUGAAGUCCAAUGUUUUCGAAAAAUUCUCAAGGAUCGCGUUAUAAACGAAACAGCACCAAUAUCGAAGAUAUACGAUGAAGAAAUUGCUAAAACUCAAUUCUCAUCAGAAACGCUUGCAAGUGUUCCAAUGCUUCGAGCUAUACGUAAGGUUAUAUUUUUUCAAACUUCGGACAUGUCUUAAUAUUCGUUUCUAGAACCAGGAUUAAAUCAAGCACGACGAAAAUUAACACCAGUUCUUCCUGCUUCUACUUCAUUUGAUAUUCCUGAUUCUUACCAAAUCACAGCUACUGGUGAAAAGUUUUUGAUUUGCUACACAUUGGUUUGUCGUAAAAAAAAAAUGUUAAUUUUUAGUAGUCCAAAACAACUUGAAUUAGUAUUUAACAGUUCUACUAUAUUAAUGGAUGGCGCCUUUUCAGCAGCACCACCAUUUUUCGAUCAAGUUUACACCAUCCAUGCUUUAAAAUUUGAAUGCAGUUUUCCUUGUGUGUUUGGCCUUUUACCUAAUCGAAACAAAUCGACAUAUCAACAAUUAUUUCAAGAAUUAAAAGAUGUAGCUGCAUCCAUGAAUCAAAUAUGGAAACCUGAACGAAUCAUUACCGAUUUUGAAACUAGUUUGAUUCCCACGAUAUCUUCUAAAUUUCCUGAAACUUUACACAAAGGGUGCUAUUUUCACCAUAACCAGGCCAUAUAUCGACGUAUUCAAAAGUUGGGUUUAAGUACGGCUUAUUCUGAAGAUGAAGAAAUCAGAAGUUGUUGUCGCAAAUUAAUGGCAAUAGCGCUUUUACCACUUCAUGAAGUUGAAAGUUCUUUUUUUAAUUUACGCGCAACAGUAAAUGCAAGAGUGAAGCGAGAACUUCGUCAAUUAUUCUUAUAUUAUGAUGAUUAUUGGAUGAAUAAUGUACCAUUAGAAUUGUGGAAUGUCCAUGGUUAUCAACAUCGAACAAAUAAUGCCUGUGAAGGUAUGUACGUCCUUUCUGUUGCAACAUUAGAUUACGAUCUACAUAUAGGCAUGCACCAGUUACAGUUUUUGGACGGUUAACUGUAACGGUUAUAACUGUAACUGUUAUAACUGUAAAACUGUAACUGUCAUAACUGUUAUAACUGUAAAACUGUAACUGUCAUAACUGUAUAACUGUUAUAACUGUAACUGUUAUAACUGUAAAACUAUAACUAUCAUAAUUGUUCCGAAGAUAGUUCAGAAUGAGUUAUCGUUGUACUAUUAGC